AUGACUCUCCGCUACGACGCCGAGAAGGCCUCGACCGCUGUCCUGAUCCAGGGCUGUGUGGCCGCUGAGCGAGACGAAUUGUACAAGUGGCUACACACCAUGCAGAGAUUCGCCGGUCACCCAUUACUUGCAAUAGCUCUGUUCUUCGAAAUGUAUUCCCGAGAUCUACGAGAGACAUAUGACAACCUCCACACAAAGUACCUGGAGCACUUCCUGGAAACUUUCUCUACAGACAUCGACCGUCUGAACAAAUAUCGACCCCACCUGAAGCAUGCAACAGACAUGUAUGAUGACCAAAUGACUGCACAGGCAGAGAUCUCGGCCAUUCAAGGGCGACUCGCGAGGCUGAUCGCGAGCAUUGAAUAUGUCACAGACAAAUCCCCCCCUGGUCCGAGGGGUGAUUAUAUGCAGGAAUAUGGCGGCAAAAUAAAGGAUCGGCUUCUGGCGAUGAGCGACGAUCUAGACUAUCUGCAUACGAAAUGCGCCAAUACUAAAGAGGGCCUACAACUCUUGAUCUCAGCAGUGGGGAGCAUGAGUGCAUUGGCAGAGAGCGAGAUCAGCCAGCAGCUAGCCAUGACAGGCCACCAGGUGUCCAUUGCUAGCAAGCGUGACAGCACCAUCAUGAAAGCUAUCGCUGUGGGUACGCUGACAUUCCUGCCGGCCACUGCUAUUGCCUCAAUCUUUGCUAUGCCGGUCCUCGACUGGGAUCACCCUCCUGGUCAAGGUGUUGCAGGCCGUCAAUUUGGGAUCUACCUAGCUGUCUCUAUACCGAUGACACUGGUGACGUUGAUGUUCCUGUUCGCCUGGAUGAACAUGGUAGAUUUCGAGGCGGAGACGGCAAAGACAUCCAUUCGACCGUCGAUACGACUUCGCUUAGGACGUCUGACCGCUGGAUUGCUGCUCGCUCAGAAGCCGGCUAUAAAUAACGUUUCCAAACCUUGA